AUGAAGACGUCGACUCAGUCCGUCACGACCGCCCUGGUCUGCCUUCUGGCGACGACCGUCACCGCCGCCCCCGUCCACUCCGUCGACAAGGACGCCUCGCUGCUCGGCGCCGUCCGCAACGCCCCUCACUACAUCGCCGACGCCCUCAAGCACCCCUCCACCACCCUGGCAGGCACCAAUAUCCUUCCCAUCUUCUGGACCACCGUUUCCUCCACCUCCACCACCGUCCCCCCCUCGACCAGCGGCGACGGCACCGUCGGCGUCCAGGGUGCCGUCCAUACCCACCACCACAGCUCAUGGUUCGACUGGCUGGAAACAUCCGGGAGUCCCGCCUUUGUCCUCUUCGCUGCCCUCUUCGCCAUCAGUUCGCUGCUCGUCCUGACAGUGACGGCUACCCGGGCCAUCGUCAGAAAGGCCAGGAACUUGGUGAUCAAGACCGACGAUGAUGAAGAAGAGUCAUCCGCUGCAACCAGUGUCACCGAAUACCAACUGCCCGCGGCCGACCGGAAACUCUGGAUCGUUACCCGGAUCCAGAUCGACGACAGCACAUGA